AUAAUAUGAUUCAAAUAAUUAUCCUCAUUUUGCUUUUCAACUGUCUUAUUACUACAGUGGUGACAUUUGAAGAAAAUAUGUUAAGUUAUGAAAACAAAGGUCUCAUAGCCAACGGAGAAAUAUAUGACGUCGAGAAAUAUCCGUUUGUAGUGUGCUUAGUGAUAAGAGCCGUCCGAAAAAACAUUACGGGAAAGGCCGUAUGCACGGGCUCGUUGAUAUCGCCCUUGUUCGUUUUGACCGCCGCACACUGUACCGUUGGCGUAACAACAUCUAACAUAAAUGUAUACAGCGGCAAAAGCCACCAACAUGUCCAGCGCAUAUACCGACAUCAUAUGUUUGAUCCCGAAAAGUUUUUGGCAGACAUCUGCUUGUUGAAACUACGAAAACCGUUCAAGAAUGUCGGCCGUUAUGUAAGUUUAUCUGGCCAUCCUGAUGAAUUUUCUAAUGGAAAGCCCUUGAAUUGUGUGGUCAUUGGGUUUGGAAUUACCGAACAAAAUACGAAACCUAAGUUAAGGGGGUUCAUGACCAACUCUAGUGUCACGUACGGUCCUACAGCAUGUAAAUUGUUCAAUACAUCGAAUAUAAUGGAUACGUGGAAUGAAUAUUUGUGUUCAAAACCAGACAUUCAUAUGGUAUGUCCUGGGGACAGCGGCGGUCCAAUGAUUUGCAAUGGGUCCUUAUAUGGAAUAGCCAGUCACGGAUACAAUUUCAAAGAAGAAAAUAAGGACAUCGAUUGUGGCAGUCCCGACGUUCAGACUAGACAUCUAUUCUUAUAUACCUACAGAAAAUGGAUAGCUGAUACUACAAAUAAAGGAAACACAUUAAUACCACACUAUAAAUCAUAUAUUACUACUAUUAUAUUAGUAUUAUACUAUUAUAUGUUGUGAAUGUUUAGUAAAAUAAAAAAAUGUAUAUAACAAUA